CCCAUAUUAGUUCCCAGCAGUUCAGCCAUGUUUGAUGGCAAUGUCAACAAGUGAUUCGGCUAGAGAAGCUCAUCGCGUGAAUAAGCCUCCAAAUCCACCUUUUUGAGGCCAGAUGCCUCCUUGUAGAUCUUACUUGCUGGAAAAGGAGUGAUUUCCGCUUGGUGCGGAUUGCUUUGCGUUGGAAUAACUAGAGCUUGGGUUUGCAGGCAAGAUGGGCGAGCGACAGAGGCGAGAAAAUCUUGAGCGUUACGUCCGAGAUCCUCGGAAUGAACUGUAUAUCGAAGGGCUUUUGGUGAGUCAAUUGAUGCUCAAUUGAACUGUCAUACUGUCAGGUUACUCAAGAUUUUAAUUGCUUUGUUUCGUUUACCAGGACGGGAUUCAAUCGUUGGUCUGUGAUUGUGACUUCCCUGCCCUCAGACGUAACAAAAACGUCGAAAACUUCCUCCAAAGAUGUGAGUUUUAAAGUUUAGCUGUUGUGAUAUUUGCUUUUGACAGCUCUUGAGGCUCAAGUCCUGACGUUGGUUUAAUUGCCUUUCAGAUGAGAAGCCCAGUAAAGUAAUCGAAAGCUGCCGUAUGAAUGCAGGCGACUUUCAGGUUGUGAAAGUCAUUGGUCGAGGUGCAUUUGGCGAAGUACAGUUGGUAAGCCACUGGCACAUAACAACGAAAUUGUCUGGGUUGUUUGGGACUUUAUUGACAGUUUAUAGUUGUUUGUGAGCAAUUGUUCUCGUUAACUUUAUAUUAAUUUUACAGUUUUUUGUCUGCUAGCUAAAUUUCCGUUCUUUGCCUCUCCAUGAACGUAAUUUCCUUUGCUAAUGUGGUAGCAGAUGAUUCCUUGAGGCUUGAAAGCUCUCGAAUAUUUAAACGAUACCAUGUUAUUGAGUGCGGGCUUUAUGAUCGCUAAGAGCUGUUUUGUCUAGUGAAAUAGCUGAAAAAUCAAUCUUUAUUUCUUCUUUUCAGGUAAGGCAUAAGGCGACCAAAAUGGUUUAUGCGAUGAAACUUCUCAGCAAAUUUGAGAUGGUAAGUCGCUAGAAGCUCAUAUUAAUAGCGCAUGUUCUAGUCUUGUCCCUUAUGGACUCGUUUUUAUGUAUGAUUUGACAUUUAUAAAACUGCAUACCAUAGAAACCCCGAAAAAUAAUACAAAAUCACGUUCCUCGUUCGUUACAUCUAUAGGUAUGUGAGAAAGCUGUGCACUGCUUUAGACGCGUGUUUGUUCGUGAUAUUUUUGUGCUAAAUUCGCUUGUCCGGUAGCUAUGCUUCUUGUCCAAAUGUAGCUAAUUUCUAACUGUCAUGCAUAUUUUCCUGAUAUAUCGAAGUUAGAUCCCCAACAAGGGGGUAAUCCCUUCUUUUUAAAAGCUGUGGUUUUAUGAACAAACUGUUAAUUAAUGUAGACUUUUUGAAAAGUACCGCUACGCUUUUAUCCUCGUACCAAAAUUUACAUUUUCGCGGAUGGUUGUUGUUGUCCGUUAGUGCAGUUGUUCGCUAUGUUGUAAUGAUUUCUCUACCAGUGUACAUUAAAACUGGUCUUAUAUAUAUUUACCUCCAACAACGAGCAUAUUUGUUUGCCAAGAGUUCAGGAUUAGUCUUUAACGUUGUAAACAAAUUAGCGAAAAAAUCACCCUUGGUUUCAAUUCUUGAGAUGCCUUGGACAAUUUCGGAAUGUUGAUUUAUGCUAUUUAUUGUUGAUUUUUCUGUUCUGCUACCCGCAAGUCAAAACCUUGUGUGUUGGUUGCUCUUUUUAAUUCUUUCUACCCCACUGUCGCCGUUAAUUACUAUUCAUAUCGAAUUUUACAAAGGUUAGGCAACUGCAAAAUGUAUCAUGGUGUAAAAAAGUUAAUAUAAAAAAAUCCUGUUAAUGAGCUUAUUAGUACUCUGUAGUGAAAAAUUGUUUGCCAAGACAGUAAACAUGUCUUAGGAGUUCCGAGAUAGGUCAUGAAUUUUUGUGAGCCCCUCAGAUUAUCUGGCAAAAGUGAGUUACGCAUUUUUUUGUGACCAGAUCAAUAGUAAGAAAAGAGAAUAGAAAUCUUCUAAAUCAGCCAAAUUUAUAAGUACUUCAUAACAAAUUGUUUUCAUUGGUCAUUAAACAUGUGUUAUGGGUUACAAAUCAAUCAUAAAUCAAUAAUAAUUCUUUACAAUCAAAAGGUAAAAGCUCAGUGAGUGGAACUGAAAGUGAGGUGUUACCAAACCAAUUAAUUUGGCAUGUUUUAAUUUAAGUGUUGAGUGAAAUUUCAGUCAUUAAUAUAUUUGCUUUAUAGGAUUUAACACAUGACAGAUUGUAGAACAGACACAACCAAACUCUUUUUAUACUAGAUAAAACAGAAAAGGUUCACUUUUAAAAGAGAUUUGGCUUAGAGGAGAAAACCUGGUGUACAAAUUAUCAAAAACUCUUUUGUAACCCAAUGUUGUAACCCUUUGGUAACACAUUAAGGUGAAAGUAGUCAAGUUAAUUUCUUUAAUUAGUUAGUUUUUGUUCUUUGUUUUGCCUUGUUUUCACCCACAGUGUAAUGAACUUUACCGUGGGUCACCAAUAACUGCUAGGUGAAGAUAUUCUCUGUGCUUAAAAUUUCAUCUUUAAGUCUUGGUUCAGUGGCCAAGUUACCUAAACAGUUCAGUUGUUUCGCUGCUCACUUACACAGCAUUUCAGUCUCUUUUGGAACUAACCCCUUUUAGGGUCAGGCACUGCUCAUUUAACUCUGCUAUUCGGGUGGUCCAUAGUCUUGUAUAGGCCAUUCCUAAUAUUGCCGUUACUUUACUUAGUACCUUUAAAAUUGAUUUCAUUUGCUCCGUUGGAGGUUAGACGGUCACUUACAAGGCUGAAUGCAAAACCACAUUUGUAUAGUCUAUGAUGUGCCUGAUAGAGAUAGUUUCUUGAUCGUGGAAUUUUCUUGGAGUUGUUUUCCCUUAUUUCCAUCUUUACCCUUUUUAUAUUUUGUCGCAGAUCAAGAGAUCUGACUCUGCAUUCUUUUGGGAGGAACGUGAAAUUAUGGCCCACACAACAAGUUCUUGGAUUGUGAAGGUAAUGUUCACAUUUUGCUUUCUUAUUUAGACUGUAGUCAAUCUUGAUUUCAGUCAUAACUAUUCCUAUGACUUUUUGUUUUCAAUGUUACAAGGGUCUUAAACUGCAGAGUGCCAUGACGUGAGAGGAGACAUGUUCUCAGUGGAUAGCCUUUGCUAAUCUAGAGUCCCAUUGAGCUAGCAUCAUUACAUUGCAAUUUAUCUGAUUGGAAAGCAGCAUGACAUUGAAGUUUAUUUUUUCAUGGGAGAUAGAGUAUAUGUGCAAUGCAGAAGAGAGUUUCCCAGAAAGAUUAUUAUUUCACCUUGAAUGAUUAAAAAAUCCUUAAUAUGACAAAAGGUUUGACAAACUGGACAUUUUGAUGCUUUAUGUCAAUUAAGUUUGACUUCUGAAUCAACCGUCGAACUUAUGUCAUUUUGGGUGGACCUAAAUAGGUAUUACGUUGGUAUAGAGUUCCAGGAAAUAAACUGUAGUAUGUCCAUGCAGGAGCUGUGAAUAAUCAGGUUAAGAUCAACAGACUGCCAUACAGUAUAACAUCUGCUUUAUCGUGCUUGCUUUAUGAUACAUACACAUCAAUAAUACAAACAAGUGUUGAUCAUGGGACGUCCUACAAAGUAAACAGUCAAUUUGUAUCGUAAAUUUAAUACUAGCUUUGUGAAACCAAUGACAGCCCUUGUUGCAAAUGGUGUUAUAGCACACCACAAUAGUAGUAUGUUGGUGUCUUCAUAUGCUGGUUAAUGUACUCUCAACUGGGAAUUAAAAAAAGAAAAUUCCUUAGAAAUGCGACUAGUGUCUUUCCAGUGAGCACAUCUUGUUUGUUUUCAUGAAAACAAUAACAUAUUAUUAGAGUUAUUGUUUCCAUGAAAUAUCAAGACUACUCUGACCAUUACUUACAAAUCGUGAAUUAUUACACUGUUCUCCACCUGAAAUUCAACACGGAAAUGAUUAUUUUUUGCAGUUACACUAUGCCUUCCAGGAUGCUAAAAAUUUGUAUAUGGUCAUGGAUUACAUGGCAGGUCAGUAAUUAAGAAUUUUGAAUAAAUUUUCUUCUUUGAGUGGAAAAACCUGAGCAUUGAUAGGGAAUGUGCCAGUCUAUUCCAGCUCUGCCCAUGCCCCUCCUAACCCUAAACCCCUCUCUCCCCCCCCUCCAGGGAUAACCCCUGGGCAUUUUUUUUGGUAAAUGUGACAUCUUCAGCAGUAUUUCAUUCUGGUCUUUGCUACAUAAAGUUAAGUGUGGGCAUGAUCAUCAUGUUUUAGCCUUCUUGAACAUGUACCUUAGCAAGACUUUUUUCUGUAGGUGGUGAUUUAGUAAACCUUAUGAGCAACUAUGAUAUACCUGAGAAGUGGGCCAAGUUCUAUGGUGCUGAAGUUGUGUUAGCAUUGGAUGCCAUCCAUGGCAUGGGAUUUAUUCACAGGUAUUCUAGGUUAACUUCUUUAAUAAAUAAACAGCUAGAAAGUCUACUUAUAUAUUACUUGACCUCUCUUAUGAUAGUAUUGAUCGAGAGAAUUAGAAUUUGAUUUCAGUUUAAUUUUGAUUCAACUUUAGUAGGCAAAGGAAGUUGAGAAUCAACCUAGGUUAACAAAUUUUAACCUGAUAAAAAAUUUGACCUGUAAUAUUUUCAACAAAUUUGGUCCUAAAAAUUUAAAGCUAAUCACUGUUUUUUUUAAAACAGAGAUGUGAAACCAGACAACAUGUUACUAGAUAAACAUGGUCAUCUCAAGCUUGCAGAUUUUGGAACAUGCAUGAGGAUGGACAAGGUUGGAGCUUGUAAUAUUUCACUUUGAUUAUAAACAUUUUAAGAUGGAAUCCACGAGGAAAUUCAGAAAUGUUAAUUUUCAGUGGAAAAAACCUUGUACCAGAAUAAUUUGAAGCAUAUUGCAUUCAUUUUUCAAGGGCUAAAGGUGUAAUUAGUCAUCUGUAGUAACACCAAAGAAAAUUUUCUUUCAUGUUACUGCAGAUGACUAAUUAAAUCUUUAGCCCUUGAAAAAUUUAAAAAAGAAUGCAAUAUUCUUUAAAUUAUUCUGGUAGAAGGUUUUUGUCCACUGAAAAUUAAACAUUUUGCUGGAAAUUUGGAAUAACAAUGCAAUAAUGCCAUCAAAUUGAUGACCGAAUUUCUUACUGCGCAAGUAAUGUUUAAAGCUUACUUGCCCCAUGGACAAGAGUCGUGGCAAGCCAUCUUCUAACAAAAUCAUUAACUGUGAAGAAGAAGAAUCAUUGACUGUGAAGAAAAGGCCUUGGGCAAGGGAAAUGACUAGAGAGCUGGGUGCCCAAAGUACAAGCUAAAAUUCAAGUUUUUUUUUAGCCCUGCUGUUUACAUGAAGGGAGGAAGAUCCCAAUUAUAGAGGGCAGAACAACUUUUUGUUAAGACAUUUCAGUUACCAAGUGGUGGCAGGUGACAAUAACAAACAUGAAAUUUGACAGUGCUUACUAGCAUUAAUAACCUCCUCUUAACAAAAGCUGGCUGGGGCUUGUCUCUCACCACAUUUAGGAGAUCUGGUGUGCAGAGUUUUUGACAUUGUUUGUUUAUUGAUUGCUCGCUGCUUUACAUGGUGUACAUGGUUUACAUGGCUGUUGUUUAACAAUGCAUAUUUCUUUUAGCCUUUGUUGUGCCUUACUGUAAUACAGAGUUUUGAAGUCUGUCUUCAGAUUAACUGUCUGGUUACAUAACCAUCCAAAGCAUUUUCAAUUUUAGACACAUUUUUUUAAAUUGAAACUCAUUGGUUCUGGACUGGGACUCAUGAUUUUUCACAAGAUCAGACAUAUGACUCACCGUAACUAUUUAUAACAAAAUUACUCAGCCUGGAUACUGAGAAGUUGUAGCCAAACAUGCAUUGCUCAUAUGCAUUUAGGAAUGCAUAUGAGCAUAUUUAAAUAGUUGAUUCAUUAAUGGAAUCUAUGCAGGUACGAUUGACCUGGUGUGGCUGUAAAUAUGUACCUUAUCCUCCUAGUGCAACUCAGUUUAAAUGGUACAAGGAUCUUUCUAUCUCCCAGCUACAGCGAUGGAAGAUUUAGAAAAAUCUUUCAUGUAGUUCUGGGGCUAAGUACAACCUUUCGCACGUAGACUAAAAGCAGAAAUCAUAUAUGAUGUAGCCCUAGGAUGUUCUACCUUCUUGGAUUUUUCAUCCUUCAGGUAAACAGUCCCUUAAUCAAAGUGAAUAACCCUAACAUUCACAAAUUCUUAACUUGUGACACUUGUAGGAUGGUAUGGUGAGAUCAGACACAGCGGUGGGAACACCAGAUUAUAUCUCUCCUGAGGUAAGAAGUUUGUGCAAAAUACACCCACAGUUGACGACUUAAUAAUUAUUAGUUGAGAGACUUAGUCCUAAAGGGCCUUUCUGACUUUUUGCUGACUUAAAAAGGGGAAAAUUAAGCUUUCCCUCCCCCAAGAACUUCAUGCAUUGUUGUACAGCUUUUCAACCUACGAACAUCCCAACUUAUGGAAUGUUUUGUUCUCCAAAGUUACCUUGUUUGAGGACAAUGUCUCAACAAUUUUUCACCAAUUGUAGGUUUGCACUGUAAAUCUUUUGUUUUGUUUUUUAAGAAAGUAGGCAGACAAUGGAUCAUAAACUUCAGUUUUGUAUUUACAGCUUUACUCUAAAGCUACCUGUACCUCUGUCUGGUGUUUUUUUCUUUUUGAUGAAUGUUUAUCCAUUUUAAUCCUGAGUUGUGUUGUUUCAUAGGUACUCAAGUCCCAGGGUGGGGAAGGUUACUAUGGCCGUGAGUGUGACUGGUGGAGUGUAGGAGUCUUCUUAUAUGAGUUGUUAAUUGGUAAGUUUGCUAACUAGCUCUAAAUGAUUGCCUUGCCAUUUAAACUUUUUGUUCUCAGUCAACCACCCAUUCUUUAAAAGGUAAUUUUUUAAACCAACAUGUUAAUUUAUUUCCUCUAAGGUGAUACACCAUUUUAUGCAGAUUCGUUGGUAGGGACGUAUGGUAAGUACGACAGAAGAACGCUUGUUAUCAGUCAGUGAAUUUAAACAGUUAUUGAAUAAUGGUAAUUUUGGCACAUUCAAAAAUUAGCCAAAUAUCAUAAGCAUGUUUUUGCACUAAGCCCUUUAUUCUUUUCUCUGAGCCUGUUAUGAAAAUAGAUUUCUUAACUUACAAAAAUUCCUGUAAUAGUUUGUCUUACCUUUUUUUGUAGGAAAUAUUAUGGACCAUAAAAAUUCACUUAAGUUUCCUGAUGAUAUUGAAAUUUCAAAGGAUGCCAAGCAUUUAAUUUGUAGCUUUCUUACAGACAGGUAAGUUAACAACUAACAUUAACCAUCAAUUCUCAUUUUUGGGGAUUUUAUCUUAAGAGCUGUGUUUUGUUUCUGAAAUAAGUUUCUAUGAAUACUUUGUAGAACCCAAAGAAUUGGACAGAAAGGAAUAGAGGAAAUUCAGAGGCAUAGAUUUUUCAUCAAUGACCAGUGGGACUGGAACAGCAUUCGUGAAGGUAAUGACCAGAGUGAUUGUUAUCAAACCCUUUACCCCUGUUCAGUAACUCCUUUUUUGUGAGGGCUAUUUAUGGCUGUGCUCUAGCAGUGCCUGGUGGCGUGGCUUCUUACUUUUGCUCAUGGGUGACUAGGAAAUCUUGGUAUUUUUCGUUGAAAUCCUAUGCAGGGUGCCCUGGAAGUUGCAGGUUUAGAGCAAUUUUCCGUAAGGCACAGCCUUGGCUAUUAGCUUGAAGCAAGGGGAUUAUGAGAUAUGUGUACAUUCAAUGAGGGUGCGACCUGUGGUGAAUAAUGACAUCACCACAAGCUGAAAGCCUGAUAAAUGGCUUAUUUAUUUUUGUACUGGUGAGAAAAAAAUGUUCCAAAAAUUUACUGUUCACCUUGUUUGGUGAUAUUAGUGGCAUUAACAAAGCUCUAGACUUUUUAACGAUAUCUGGUGCCAUACAUGUUGCUUUAACUGGGGGGCAUGAAUGCCAAUAUUAUUAUUAAAUUUUAUCGUAACAGGGGUUGAUAUAUUUAGUGUCCAUGCUUAUCAAAUUUUUGUGUAUCAAUGAAUAAAUCAUUACAGCAAUUCCCCCUGUGGUUCCUGAGCUCUCAAGUGAUGAUGAUACUACACACUUUGAUGACAUUCCUGAACCUGACAGUGGAGAGGAGUUCUUUCCCACCCCAAAGGUACAUGAUUCAGUUAUGAUAGUUGCGUAUCCUCCUAAGCUACAUUGCCUGACAAAUGAAUGAGUGAACAGGCACCUAAUGUAAAGCUGUAAAUUUUCUCUAAAUAAGACUAAAUUUGCCUUUUAUCCACGAGAACCGUCUUUUGAACAGCGAAACUUGCUUGUCAAUAAGAUUCAACGUUUUGUUGAAUUCCUUGGGCAUGGGUUUUUUUCUUUAAUUGUUUAACCUAGAGCAAGUCUCACUUUUAUUCACUUUUAAUUUGUUUUAUGAUCUCUUCACAUUUACAUGUGUAUAAGAAUUUAAUGGUACUAAAAAUGAAGGAAUUUUGUCCCUGUCAUGCACACAUUUGUAUUUGUAUUUAUUUAUUUGCCACACGAUUACAAUUAGUAACAAAAAGAUGCCAAAAAAAAAAUGUAGGAAGAAAUGGCGAGGAGGCCUAAAGGAUACUAUAAAGCUCAUGUUAAUUAGGCCUCCUCAUUUACACUGUAUCUGAGAAAUUAGUGGUCAAUAAAUUUCAAUUAUUUUAAAAAAUGACUUGACCACAAAUUUCCAUUGUUUACACUCUUUAAAUUGAUCAUAGAAGUGAUAUCAAAAUGUUCAAAACUUUGCAGUGAAACUUCCACUUGAUUUGAAAAGCUUGACAUCAUCUCUAUGAUCUCUAUGAGUGUAGACAAAGAUUGUGUGGUGCUAAGGCAGUGACCACUUUUGGUGAUUUGCUGUUACUCCACACAGGCUUUUGCUGGGAAUCAUUUACCAUUUGUAGGAUUCACAUACUCAGAAACUGUUAGGUAAGGAAGAAAAAAUAAUUCUUCAGCUACUUUUUGCUUUCUGUUAAGAAGGCAACGUGGCUGAGUGGUGAAUGGGUCAGGCUUGCAAUAUAAUGGUCCUAGGUUGGAGAUCUUCUCUGACUAUUAGGUGGAUUUGUUUCUUGGUAAUCUCGAGUCCAAAUCCUUCAAUAUUUUUGUCAUUAAGAGAGUAAGAGAAAAAUUUUCUCAUCCACUUGUCCCGUGGACAAGCCCUGUAUUAAAACCCAAGAGUUCUUGUCCAAAACGUUUUGCCAGGUUCCUAAGCCAAAUGGAGAUCAUUAAAACAAAUGAAAUGGCCAUGUUAUGGCAAAGUUAAAAGGAUUUUUAACCUCAUUUUGUCAAGUAUAAGGUAUGCUUUUAUGACUGCAAGGUAAAUUUUAAUUCUACUGUAAUUUGAGGUUGAUUUUCAACUGUUUCGGUAUAAUGUGCUAGUCCAACAGACAAGUCAUGUCAAAGGUUUGCAUGUCCAAACUAAAUUUGUACCUGUCCUGGACAAUUGGAUGUAGGGUUUGGUGCACCUGCAUUAACCAACUGGUUUCCUCCUGCCAGUUGGAGAUUUUAAUCGUGUCAUGUUAGUUUGUGUUGAAUGGCUGUAAAGUAGAUGCUGCAGCCAAGUGCAGUGCAUUUAAUUAUCCACAACUCACUUGUGUGUCUUUUUUUGUUAGGUGGAAUGCUGCAUCGAACAAGGGUUGUGAUGGCAUGGUGAGGAUGGUAAAAAGAACAAACCUUUGUUGAUACUUUUGAUUUCCCUUUUGCUGAGGUAAUAAGUGAUCCCAUGAAAACAGAACGUUUUGUUUUCUUUAUUAGGAUGGCAAUCAGUCUGGUGGCGGUGAUGAAAGUGGUCCGAAGGUAUGUGUUGUUUUCUCCACAGCGUGCAAAGAAAGUAGUGUCUGAUAGUCCGUGGCUGGUGGAUUUUGCUAUCAGGCUAGUGAAUUCUGUUUUUAACUUGCCCAACGGGCAAGUGAUGUUUUUCGAGGAAUUCGAAUAACAGAAGAACUGUGAAAUCAAUUCUGCUGGGCUGGUCAAAAAGCUUUUGGGGCUAGUUGAAAUGACCUCUGGGCUAGUAAAUGCUACAUGUAGCUUCAGCUUGCCCGAAUGGCAAGCUAUAAGAAUAAUUUUCUUUGCACCCUGUUCCAUCUACAUUUUCAAGUUUGGUACUGUUUUACACUUGCUUAGAUAUCUUGUAUGAGAUGAACAACCCCUGUAAGUUAGACACACUGUGCAGGGCAAAAAAAUUCUGUUCAUUUUACUUGUCCCAUGGACAGGCACUUACGAGGUCCAGAAAAAAAAAAAACAACAACAACAACACAAAAUAAUGGUAAUAAUAAUAAUGAUGACAACAUUAAUAAUAAUAAUAAUAAUAAUAAUAAUAAUAAUAAUAAUAAUAAACUUUCAGUAUGUCCUUGUUUUUAUCUGUCUACUUCAAAGCAAAACUAAUGGCAUUGACUUUAAAAACAUUUUUUUCCCAAUAUUUAUUUGGAAAGUUGUUUUGUGCUAGUGUAUAAGCACGUAUUCUGACUAACAUCAAAAUUUGUGCUGCAGUAGAAAGGAUUACUGGUUGGUUUUAGUGUAACAGGUUUAUUUUAACAAUCAUUUUAUUAUUUUGUAUUCAGCUUGAAGCAGCCAGUCGUCGAAUAAAAGAGCUGGAAGAACAAGUUGCAUUAGAAAUGCAAGCUAGAGAUGAAGUGGAACAUAAUUACAGGUUAGGCUAGCUAUCAUUUUGAAGUCUAGAUAGUGAUGAAGUUAGUUUAAUCCUGAACUGGAUAACUGGUGGCCUUUGGUUUUGAUAAACUUGACAUACCUUGCUGACAGUUUCCUCUGCUUGUAGAACUGUCAGCACCAAACUGGAAAAAGUCAUGAAAGAAUUAGACAAUGAGGUGAGAAUUUUUACGCGUGUGCACAUUGUAUAAAUAGCCAAGCAUAAACAUAUAAGUCUAGUGAGGUCCAACUUUAAUGUUUAGGCAUGACUUUCCAUAUAUUGCCUUUAUUUUAUUUACACAAUAAAGAAUUGUGCAACAGUGGAAAUCUGUCUUUUCUCCAAAGUUGAGUAAAGGUUUGUGACUCAUUGUAAGCCAAAUCAGAUUUGUUCUUAAUUGGCAUUAUGAAAACAUUGCAUACCGCAAAUGUUGCAUGGUUUAGACCUGCCUGUAACACUUCUCUCUAGAUAGAAAUCUGACUAUCUCAAUUUGGGUUUGUAAUUUUUUUCCUUGUUUAUUUUCAGUUGGAAAAUAAGAGAACAAUAGAAUCAGCAAAUAGAGAACUUGAAAGAAAAGCUGCACUAUUCAAACAUGACUUAAAAGAGGUAGGUAAUUUAUCUUGUGUGGUUUGUUCUCAACUUUGUUGUUUUGCAUCAUUUCUAUCAUUAUUUUCGUUAUUGUAUUUAAUGUUGAACUUCUAACAUUUUUUCUGUUUUAACCCAACAGGUGCAGAGGCGAGGCGAGUUCGAAACUGAAGCCAAGAGAAAGGUUUGUGACUGAAUUUCAUUUGUUGAAAACAACAGUUGUGUCAGUGUCUUCUUUACUUUUGUUUUACCAUGUUACAGUCCUGCUUUCACUCAUUGAAAAGUUAGAGGUAAUUUAUAGCACCUACUGUACUUGAGCUUUUAGUAAGAUGGUCAGGUUGCACACCUGUUAAGCUGUAGACUGUACCUUUGAGAGACUGAGUACUAAAAGGUUAAAUGAUUUCUUUUGGCAAUUCAAGAAGCUUUAUGUUGUUUUUCGUUAGAAUAUUCUGAAAUUUAUUAGCUAGUAUUAGCUAUGUAGUUUUAAGAAUAAUAUUCGUGAUUUUAUAAACCUUUUCAAAGCUUGAAGCCAAAGUGCAAGAAUUGCAGAGUCGCCUUGAUGCUGAACUAGAUGCUCGAGACAAAAUAUCCCAGACCUCACACAGUGUACAGUCAAAGAUUACUCAACUGGAGAAACAGGUUUGGGACCUGACAGAAGAGCUGAAAAAGGAGUCAGAUGCACAUGCCAAAACCAAAAAAUCACACAGUGAUUUACAAAAGGUCGGUGUAUAAUGAUAUCUGCUUCCUAUGUCACUGUCUUUAUAAGGGUCUUUGAGUAAAAUGUAAGAUAAGAAUGGUGGCUGCUAAGGUUUUUGAUGAAAUCUAUACAUUCUUAGCAUCAAAGAAUUCUUCUGACUUCAUCAUAACAUUAUCUAUUAAUGAAUUGAAAAAUAUGAAAAUUAUAAAUCAUAUUUUGAACUGUGGAUAAAGAUAUGUGAGUGAACAUGAUGCUCGCAGUAGAAUGAACAACCUAAGUGGUUGAAAAAAGAACCUGAAAACUUCAGGUUUGACCAGGAUUAAUGUAUUAAUUUUGAAUCUGUGCAAGUGAACAAAGGUUGAGUUUAUUGAGUUAUUGUUAGGGUCAGUUUGUCUGCUAUAGAAUGUAUGUUACAGGAUGAAAACUAUUCAUUACUCAUCUUAAGCUGCUAUAACUACUGCAGUCGUUAAUGGAUCUUAAAUACUGUCAGGAUUUUAUAGUUUGUAGCAAUAAAUUUUGAAAUGUUUCCUCUAUUUUACUUAGGGAUGGUGUUUUUUUAAUUCUCUCUGUAGUCUUACACUGUAAUGGAAAGAUCUUAUGGAGAUCUACAAGACAAAAACAGGAUUAUAAGUGACCAGAAGGUAACACAAUGUCUCGAUUUAAUAGCUUCAGAUAUGUUUGCGUUUUUGAAUCUUGCUUAAAAAGUAUUUAUUCUUCAUGGGAGCAGUUUAGCUCAGGGGAGGGGGUGUCUGUACACAAGCUAGAGCAAUUUUGUGUGGGAAAUUUAUGUUCCUGUGUAUAUGACCCAGCAAAUGUGGAAAACUCAUUUCACUAGAAAUUGCUCCGAACAGCAGAGACAUGCUGAUGCAUAACAUCAACGUUAGGGGGCUAAGAUGCUGUAAGGGAAACUUGGAAACCACCGUCAAAUCCUAAUAUAUGUAACAACCUAUAUGCAACAAGUUGUGCACUAAAAAAAGGUUUCCAAUAUGUCAAUUUUUCUUCACCACAAAAAAGUGGUGUGUCAGUAUUCCAACAACUACAUUUGCCAAAUAUAUAAAUGAGGGCAAAUUUACUCAACUGCAUAAAAAAAAUAUAUAUAUAUAUAUGCCCCAGGGCAAAAUUUCUGGUGUGAACGAGGUUCACAAAUGAAGUGAAUUACUCGAAACCUUAAUCCAGUUGCUGACUUCUAUUGUCGUUUUAAACAGCUUGGCUUAGAAAGAGAACUUAUCAAGGUCCAAGCAAAUCUUGAUGCAGAAAUGAAUAUGAGAAAUCAAGCCAACACUGCUAAAGCAGAUUUGGAAAGUGAGUAACAGUUUUCGCUUCCUUUAUGUUGUUGGUCUGGUUGGCCUGACUGUCAGACCUGGUGGCUGUGUUCUUAGCAGACUGUUAUUUGCUUACGUACAUUCACAGCAGAGCUCCACGCAUGCGAAGCCUUAUACUUAAGAAAAUUUGGUCAUCUAUUCAUCUGAGAAAUUUUGGUAAUAAUGUGACCAUAUGCCCGUCCGUCCACACCACAGGGAAACCAACGUGAAAUGUCAAACUUUCUUGCCAGUUUGGGAGCCUGUAACCUGUGUUUAACUUGAUAAUAGACAUCCAUAUUAUGGUCAAUUGACAGCUGUCAAAAUAGGGUAUCUGCUGACCAAGUCACAUGACCGUAUCUCGGGCUCCCAUGCCAACUCAUGGAGGUCAUGUGUUUUUUUAAGUAUUCUGCUGACCAGUUGUUAGCUUUUAAUUGAUCGCAGGCAUAAGUCAAUGUUUUCAGUCAUGUUUCUCCCCCAACGUUAAGUAUGGAGUUGAGGAUUUCUUUGCAUUGGUGUAAAGUCUAUUAGAAUGCAUAAAUGGGAGCUUCACUUUUAGCUCUGGCUAAAUCUAUAUAUUAUAGCCUUACAUAGAUCUGACGCACGUAGUUGUAAGGAAAAAUGAUCAUCAGGUGCCAGGUGAACAGUCGGUUGUUGUCAUGGUAAAUGAGAUCAUUGGGAGACUGUGCUAUGUGGUGUGUUGGACAUGUCAAUGUUCAAUUUUGUCCUUGGUUUAAAUUUUAUUUUCCUUUCUUUCCAACUACAUUAUGUAAAAGCAGAGGAAAUUAAAGUUUAAACAAGGAUAAUACCACCACAUAUAAAGGUACAUUAGUGGUGUUGGUGAUAUUGUUGAUGGUAGUGGUGAUGGUGGGGGUGAAUAUUAUGUUGGUGAUAACUGUAUUUACAAUACUGCUCCUGUUGAACGGUUAUUACUUGUCUCUUUUUUGAGAGUAUAAAAGAGAUGUCAAGAGUUGCCAUAUUCCCACCAAUAAAAGUUGAAAAGGGAUUAUUAGUAAACAUCUCUUUCCCCAUUUUCCCACAUAGGGUUGAUGAUAUGUGUUGUGGUUCAAUUUUAUCCUUGGUUUGAGUUUUGUUUUCUUUUGUUUUUGGGUAUGGUAAUAUAGGGUAAUGAGUUUGAAACUAAGUAAAAUAAAAUUUUAACCAAGGGUAAAAUUGAACCACAACAUAUGCACUGUGGUAUUCACAAUAUUUAUAACCAGCAACAUAUGUGAUCGGUUUUAACUUUCUUGUGUGCUCUACUUGUAGGUCAGAACAGACUUUUAAAAGAUGACCUUGAGCAGCUUAAAGCAAGAACUGCAUCAGAUGCCAGAUUACAGCAAAAACUGCAACAAGAUCUUAUUAACCUUGAAAAAGUGAGGUUAUUGUUAAAGUUAAAUUGUCCAGUGCAUGAGUUGACUCGCUCCUCUCUCUGGUUAAAUCAACUGCUACCCUAGUUUGUAUUUGACGUCUGGCUUUGAAACAUUACUGGUUACUUUUAUUCUCGUUCACAAAUCGUGACCCAUGAAAGCAGAAUAGAGUCCCGACAACCACGAGAACGAAAUUUGAUUUUAAGUUUUCGUUGUUUAUUGUCAAAAGAUAUACACCCCUGAAAGCUUUACUGUCAUUUUUAUUGAAGGAGGUUAAGGCCCCUCCCGAUCCUAAACUGAUAAAACUUCUAACAUUUAAUGACGUGGGUCGUUUAAUGGCUAAUCACAUCAACAAAAGCCGACCAUCUUGUUUGGCGUUACCACGAGCAGAUUAUCGUUAUAAUUCUGCUGAAAAGUAGGUUUUAACGCCGGUUAAGAGAGCACAAGGGCCCAGAUGGCAUUUUUGUUUUUGUCGCCCGCCAUCUUUUUUCCUCUUCUAACUGGUAACUUCAGGGACCGAAAUUUCUUUAAUUAUAAAAAUCAGUUACCUAUCAGUCCUCCUUUUUUAAUCGCAGUAUUAAAUUAUGGAACCAAAUAUGUAAAUUAAUUGAGCCCAGUGACUUUCUAAACAUAAAGACUUUUAAGAAUAGUACAACUAACUUUUGCAAAGAUGAAUUAGCAAAUGUCUUUGAACCCACUAAACCAUGUUCAUGGGGUCUUGCAUGUAAUUGUGGGUGCCACUGGCAACAAUAGUUUAAUAAGCAUUUCUUAAGAUUUUUACUGAUUUGUUUGGGAGGUGCCCUGCAUGGGACUCCAGGUCCCGUUUGCACCUUACCUUUUGGUUCUUUUUUUUGUUACUGUAACUAUUUAUUUAGAGAGACUCAGACCAAUAAAGUUGAUAAAACAAAACAAAACAAAAACAAAACCCAACCAAAAGUUGUUCUGCCUUUUAGGAUUUUCCUAGUGCUAGGAUCUUCCUCCCUCCAGAUAAACAGUCCCUGAGAAUUUAUAAGAUGAAGACGGGUUAAUAGGUGAGCUCAAGGGACAUGAGGGUACAUUGGCCAUAAUUCGUUGAGAGGAUGACGCAUCCAACAGUUUUAACUUAAAGGGUUUCUUGUUUGUGUCUUGUGGAGAAAAGAAACUUGGGUUCUACUUCUUGCACUUAAUGUUUUGUUUGUUUUUUUUUUUAGGCAAAGGCCAACACAGAAUACGAGCUCAAGUCGACAAAAAGCAAAUUUGAAAAGACUAUGAAUGAGUAUAAGGUAUAAAUCAUUUUCUGCAUUUGUGUGAGGCCGUUUAUUUCAGUUUUUGUGAUACGUUCUUAGUAUUUUAAUGGGAAAAAUCAGGAGUUGAGCAUUGGUUUUGUUCUCUCUUUCAGCAACAAAUAACUAGUUUCCAAACAGAAAAGAAUAGAUUAUCACUGACUCUGGAGGAGAGAACGGAACAAGAACGCGCUGAACAGAGCAAAACUUUGGAAAGAUUAGAGCAGGAAAUCGAGUCCAGAGGAAAGGCUGAAGCGGCUGCUGCCGAGGCUGAGAGACAGAGAUCAGUAUUAGCUGUGGAUCUUAAGGAUAUGCACCAGAAAUUUGAGAGAUUGCAGCAGGAAUACAAUGCUGUUCUUGAUACGGUAAACACUAGAAUGCGGCAAUCUUGCACCGCAAGACUGACACGCACAACAGAGCUGCAAAUAAAACUUAUCAUCGGAUAGUGUUCGACUAAAGUGGCCCAUUUUCGAGAAAAUAAGGAGCUUAAGAUCAGAGGACAACAAAACACGCGAAAAUGUCGCUUAAAAAGUUAAUUCACGCUCGCUAAAUCUUUAUCGCGAUUAUUCCAAUUCACUUGGUCAAAAUGGACGAACUCUCCUGGAGCUGAAGUCCUGAGAAACAUAUCGAAGUUCAGGAAGAGAAAGAACAUUUCGUCGUCACUUGUUUAUGACCUCCAGUCCAUACAACGUGAAAUAUGCAUUUUUACGUCGUAGUCGUGCAAAAAAAACUAUGAUGCUUGUGUAAAACUUGUCGGCUGCAUAUUUAACCUACUGCAUUUUUGAGGUUCUUGUUGCUGUCGCCGUCGUCGGAUUUUUAAGGUCCCUGAAUCCUACCUGCAAUUGGACACAAUGAACAGUCCAAUUAAAUACCAAGGGCUAUCAUGUUUUAGUAAAAUCCAACUAGUGGUGUAUUAUUAAUGCUGCGUUCUAGUUGGUUGAGCUACUACUGGCUAUAUGUUAUAGCCCACUAGUAGCGAAAAGCGCGGGCUUUUUGACGGCAAAAAAAGAUUAAAGUCUAGCUUUUACUAGCUAAAUUUUUUUUAUUCUCGAUAUUUUUUGACCAACUAGUUGGAUUUUACUAAAACAAUUAUUCCUCUCGCCCUCAUGGCCUCUGAGUCGAUAGCCCAUUCGGCCUUCGGCCUUAUGGGCUAUUGACUCAGAGCCCAUUCGGGCUCGAGGAAUAAUUGUUAAGUAGCUGAAGAUUUCGAUAAUUAUUAAAGAAAUUAAAAGUUAAUUAACUUUUGUCAGACAAAUUCCGGUUCGUCUGACAAAAAGUGGUCACCUGGUCGGAGAUACGUCCUUUCUAACAAGGAAAAUUAUUUUCAGGCCUGCACAGGCAUCGUAGAAUUUUGAUCAUCUCCGGUAUCGUCAGGUUGUCGUUCAAGGCGCUGUAAGCCCCAGUCUCUAACAGUACGUGAACUAAGAUUUCUGCCACUAAGUUAUACUGUUGUGAAAGGUUUUAAAGUAACUAAGUGAUUUUUUCGUGUUUUUGCCUUUCAGAAAAAAAGUUUGAAUUCCAGACUAGAGGCUGACAACCAGAAACGAACACAGCUUGAAAGUGAAGUGAAAUUAAAUGCCCAAGAGAUGGCAGCACUGAGAACAACAGAGAAGCAGCUGGCAAAGGUAUGUAUAUCUCUGUACUGAAGAAGUUAAAUGGCUCGUAGGAACUCACUUGAAUAACUUUGCGCUAAUAACGUGACGUCUAACGUAGACUUCGAGUGGUCCCCCAUUUUUCCUCAGGGACAGUAGAGCGAACGAAACGCGAGCCGUAUCUGUGAGAUGUAUCGAUCAGAUUCAGAUUUAGGUUCAGAUUCUCAUCCUGGGAUCAGAUUCACAUCCUGGAAUCCUAAGAAAAGAAGUUCUUAUAACAUUGUUCGGAAAACACAAUCUUUUUCUGCCAAAUAGCCGAAAACUAUUUUACGAAGUAUAAACGAAAUUUCGUCUAAAAUAAGACUCGGCUUAGCUAAGACGCGCCUUAUUAGAUAAGACAUGCUCGUAUAAAUGGUACACCUCAGCUAUUUUCAGUUAAAUAUUCAGUUAAUUAAAAAUACCGGGCAAUAUUUACUGACUAUUUUUUGAUUCUCCAGCAAGUAGAAGAACUGAUGGAUGAGCGAAAGCAGCUGGAGGAAGCCUGUGCAAAACUAAAAAGGUAUUUGUUUUCAAGAUAAACCUUGGUAAUACACGCAUUCUUGUAAAGCACUCAUUUUCUUCGCCUAACACGUUAUUUAUUUCAGUGCAAGUGCUGUGGAUGACUUGCAGAUGAAGGAACUUCAAGAUCAACUAGAGGCAGAAACAUAUUUCUCGGUAAGACUUUUAUUGUCGUAAUUAACUUCUGACUUCUGAAGCAUUAGGUUUAUUGUCUUUACAUUUCAACCUGAUUUUAUCUUUCCUUGAUAGACUUUAUACAAAACUCAAGUAAAGGAAUUGCGGGAAGAGAACGAUGAAAAAGCAAAACAGGCGCAAGAGUUGAGCAAUGAGAUUCGGCAGCUUAACGAAGAGAGGUGAGAGAUCCGUUCUUCGUUUCCCUCCUAGAGUGGCAAAUUCAAGAAUUCAGAAUUUCAUUUGAAAAAUGCUGAAAACAGAGAAAGUGUACCAUAGAAAGUAGUGCUGAAGAGGUUUCAUUUGAAUGGUCACACCAUGGAUUUGGUUCACGGUCUAAAAAGCUAGAACUACUUACUAAAUCAAUAGUAUGAUGUAAAGGUACUGCAGAAGAGGUUGACAACGAAACAUUUCUUCUACAGACUCCGUAAUUGGAACUACAUACUAAAUAAAUAGUAUCUGUCCAAGCACUGUUGUAGAGGUGUGGUUUGAAUGGUCACAUCUGAUAGGAUUUCCUCCACAGCCGCAAAAGUCGAAUUGUAGGACAUGCCUUUUGCUAAGAGAACUUUUGUAUUGAUGGCGGUUAUUGCUUGGUUUUUCAGGGAAUCACUUUCCGCCCAAUUGGAGUUGACAUUAACAAAAGCCCACUCAGAACAGUUGGCAAGAUCAAUUGCUGAGGAGCAAGUAGGUGGUAUUGUCUACCGUCCCCUGUUCAGUUAGGUUUCUUGAUGUUCGAUUUCAAACUUACUGGACUCACGUCAUAAGUUGGUUGACUAUGACGGUGAUGAUGGGUAGGAGUGAUCGUCAAGUGGACUGUUUGUGAAGGUGACAAGAUCAUCGAAUGAUUUGAGCGCUUGAGGAAAAACAUGAUUGUUUCCUCAUUUGUUGACUCCAAAGAUCUAAAGCUACUGUAAAACUGAGGCCCCGGUCAAGCAUCGAACUUCACGUGUCGAACCUAAUGCUGAUGAGCAAAAUCGAUUGUACCAACUCAUUCGCUUUAGAUUCGGCGCAUAGGCGGGAAGUUUGAUAGUUGACCCGGGCCUUAGAAAACCGUGAACACCACACGGUGUGAUUGCGUUGCAAGGAAACAGCGAUCAGGUGUGAGAAAACUAAAGGGCAAGCGGUAACGGUAAUUAAUUUUUGGGAGCCUUGAACUUCAUAGUGAUGGGCCCAUGGACAAACAGCAUUCCUGAAAUAUUUGAAAUAUUAAAGAGAUUGUUCAAAUUUUCGCAAUUGAUUUCGUGAGAUAAUGUUGACCUUUAUACUACCAGUACGCAGAUCUGGAAAAGGAAAAGACCAUGAUUGAACUGGAGGUCAAGGAAUUGAUUGCGAGGCACAAAAGUGAUAUGUCAGAGAAAGGCGCACAGAUCACCCUGCAGGAGGAUCUUAACCAACAGCUAACAGAGUCCUUGAAUCAGACAAGAGCGGAGAAAAAUGAAUUGAAUGCUAAGAUAAAGAACAUGCAGGAAGGUUGGUUAAGUGAAGUACACUAUGUAAUUAUCUUUCAACCAAUCAACCUGUAGAGAGCUCAAGGAACAAUAGUAGUCUUUGUACGGUCGUCCAUACAAAGGCUACGAGUAGUCCCUCGUUUCCCUCAGGGAUAGUAGGGCGAGUUAAGUAGGCGAGCGCGCGUGAAACUCGUCAUCAACUAGCAAGGUGACACGUCGAGGAAAGAGACGAACUGAAGGACUACAGGCUAAUCCCAGGUAUUUGACUCUUUGCGUUGCUUUUACAACACAAAACUUUGAUUAGCUCUUCCUUGGCGACCUGGCAUGAGAUGUCUUAAACCCGCCAGCCACUUUCAACACUCGAGAUGAUUGGGGUUUAGUUUCACUUGACAAUCAUCAAAACAGAGAAUCGCUGAAAUCAGAGCGUAGGUCUCAUAUUCUCUCUUGUCCCGCGAGUCACCUCUCCAGCAGGUGGCGUUUUUUGUGCGCGUUUGUGUAUUUCGCUUGCCGUGCUAUUCCUGAGGAACUUGAUGGACUACUUGUUCUGUAACCAUGCAUGUUUUGAGAGAGUUUUAUUCUUCAGAUUACCUCUUCAGUUACGAAGAGCGUAAGGAGCAUUGGUAUAGAUAACAGCAGUGCAAUUGUUUCAUUUUUUAAAGAUCAUCGUAUGUUUUUUUCCGUUUUUCUUUCUAGAUCUCGAGAAAACCAAGGACAUCAGCAAAGAAAAUGAUGGUGCUACGGAAAAGAUGAAAAAGCAGCUCGCUAUAGAAAGAACGAUGAAAAUCCAAGCUGUCAACAAACUGGCCGAGAUAAUGAACAGAAAAGACUUGGCGAGAGACAACAGUAAAAAGAGAAAGGCUACGUCAGACGAUUUGAGGAAAAAGGAGAAAGAGUGUAGGAAAUUGCAUCAAGAACUAGGAGCAGUAAGUACACAUUCCACCCGAAAAGUUUCUGUAAUAAAACCAAGGUGCACUAGAGGCUGCCUUCCCACCCCACCCCACCCCUUCCUGCUACCCAGCAAAAACUCCAGUCAAUUCCCACACCAAGUAGACUCUUUCGGCUUCAAUUUGUCUCUUCGUUGAUAGCGGAACAGUCCACCCUUCAUGUAAGCCGGGGUGGGAUUUUACAUUUCAAGCACCCGCGCGUUUCGGCAAAAAAUCGCAUGACCACCCGGACGUUUAGAGAGAAAAAAAAAAACAGCAAAGCCCAGUCUGUCUUUCCACUAAAUUUUUAUGUCUACAUAGACGUGGAUAACAGAGAAAGAAAGAGCUAGAGCGAGGGUAAAAAACAAAGGAGUCCAAUUUCGUUGGAAGAAAAUUAUGAAAACUUUGUGGCGGCGGUGAGAAUUGGGUAAUGCUAGCGGCCACCAAGGUGAACAUGAGCUGCAGUGACAAAAAAGUGAACAGGAACACAUAAGGCAUUUCCUCCGUAAAACGUGUAACUAGGAAGUUUCUGUAGUCGUACAAAACAAAGGCAGAGAAAUUUACUAAAAACGUGUGCUGCACGUGCAAAGCUUUUUUUUUUCUUGCCGUUUUCGUUCCCAUCAUCGCUUAGCUUUACGCGAUUUUAUAUUAGUUUUGGAUGAGUUAAUUAUAAAUAUUAACGAGAGUUUUGCUUUUAGCCCUCGCUAAAUCUAUAUAGUAUUCAUGGUAUAUCCAGGCCUUGUUGUUGAUAUUAGCUAAGAUGCCAUUAUGACCGGCUUGACAGGCCCCUCCAGUUUGUUACUGAAGUGCCGGGAAGAAUAGACUGUAUAGCAAGCCUUAAAAGAAGAGGAGAGAUGAUGAAUGGCGUUCUCCCAUUGGGGCAGGCUACUUGAUGGAAAUAGUACCCAUAGCUGGACAUGUCGUUUUCUUAAAGAUAUUAAAAUAGCAAUAUCUAACACUCUCUUUAAUUAGGUUAUUAAAAUUCCUAACAGUAUCAGUUACUUGUGUGUUUGAAAGGAAAACGUUAAUUUCAUAGAACAUUCAUGUCCCUCUCAGGCUAAAGCUUGUUUGUCGACUAAAAUCAGUGCAAUUAACAGCCUCAGUCAAAGCUUUUUGAACCCUGUAAUAUUAAAAUGAUUUAAUCUUUCACUUUCCUUUUUUGGGGCAAAUGGACCUUCGGUGUUAGCGUGCAAAGAAAGUAGUGUCCGAUAGCCCGGGGUUAGUGGAUUUUGCUAUCGGGCUAGCGAAUUCUGUUCUUAACUGGGCAAGUGAAGUUUUUUGAAGAAUUCAAAUUACAGAAGAACUGUGAAAUCAAUCUGCUCUUCAAGACGCUUUUGGGGCUAGUUGAAAUGAUGUUUGGGCUAGUAAAUGUUAGCUUCAGCUUGCCCGAAUGGCAAGCUGUAAAAAUGGCUUUCGUUUCACCCUGGGUGUUCUCAUGGAGAUGACUUGGCGUACCAUCGAGACCCACUUAGUAGGUCCGUUAAUCUGGUUGUAUUGAUUAUAGUAUUGUUUGGUUUCAAAGCACUAUGAGCGUUGUUGACUUUCGUAUGGAAAUUGUGCAGUGUACUUGGGCUACGCUUACUCUCUUACCCGCUGAUUUUCUAGGAACGAGAGAAGUACGGCCAGAUGGUGACAAAAUUUCAGGGACAGAUGGCCGAAUAUCAACUGAAUCUUCAGAUGGAAGUGGAGCAAAGGCAAAAGAUGCAGGUAGCUACCCGUUCUUUAUCAAGCCCAGUGAGUGUGUUCUUGCAUAGGAAACGUGCUCUUUCACAAACGCGAACAGCGUCUGAGAUAAUCUUUUUGAUUUCAGAUGGAGCUGGAUUCUAAAGAUCUGAUGAUUGACCGGCUCAACUCCCAGAUCAAACAGCGGUCACUAAACACGAGUAUUACCGAUGACGAUGCUCUCACUGUACCAGGUAACUUUCUAUUGAGCAACUGGUCUCUUCUCGCUGAAAUUGCGUGCCAGCCUAAAUGACGGCAUUGGCUGUGUUUGUAACUAAGCAAUUUGUGGUUGCCGAGUAAUUACAGUGGAACCUCGCGAUAACGAAGUCCUUGGUAUAACGGUCCACUAUAUUGAGCUGCGUCGUACAUGUAAAAAUUUCUUGUGAGUCAAACCUCAAGUCAGUUACAUAUGUGGAACUAUAAUGCUGUAUCAGAUAACUGCCUAAUUUGUGUUUCUCUUGAUGUUAAUUUAUUUUUUUCAAUCCUUUUCAGCCCAUUUACCAAAGGAAGGCUGGGUGUCGAUUCCAAACAAACAGAACAUCAAAAGAUAUGGUUGGAAGAGACAAGUGAGUUCUAACUACCUUUCAGUUUAACCACUUUUUUAAAAGCUACAUAUUGAUAAUUAUCCGCGUGCUUUUUUCUUGCAGUAUUUAGUUGUUAGCAGCCGAAAGAUUUUCUUCUAUAACUCUGAUGCUGAUCACAAAAGUAGUUCAACACCUUCUAUAAUUCUAGAAAUUAGGUAAGUGUAAUAGUCCUUAAUUUGAGUGACUCACUGAAAAUCUGACUCUAAAUCGUACCAUGACUUACCAUCGUAGUGUCAGUUUAAUGGUGGCCAAAAAAACAAUUGAAAUUUCUUGUUGGAAAGUUCUUAGAAAUAAAUAGCACUGUGCAAAGUUCUACCAGAGGUUUUAUUUAAAUGGUAAUAUUCCUACAUUGUUCAAAGUUAGGGCCUGUUUACGUGGAGGUGUGGGACCCAAGGUAGUUGAGGUAACAUGCGGCGGGUCACAGCAUCUAUCAUGUUAACGUGAUCAAAUUCAAAUGAGAGAUUAUAUGGACAGGCGGGUUACACACCUAAGCGGGUAACCUCACCUACCUGGGGUCCCCCACCUCCAUUUAAACAGGCCCUUGGGAUGUCAAAUAAUUUUUUAUUCUUGUCAUAACUUGGUCUAGGAAUUAAAGAGUCAAGUGUUUUUCCCACCUGAUAAAUUAUUUAGUACGUGUAUACAAAAUCGCCGUUGCGAAGAAUUUGGGUUUGUCAUUGAAUCGCCUUGUCAUUUCUUGAAUCACCAGUUACGUUUAGUGUUUGUUUUUGCUCUUUUGCUAAUCUCAUACCUUAUCUAGUGGUCACCACACGUUAGACUCGUUCUUAUUGAUACUCUCCAUUCUUUUUCUAGUUUCAGCCCUUUCAUUUUUAAUUGGCUUAGUUGGCUUGCGGUUGGGGUCGUAUUUCUUUUGUUCGCUCGAUGAUUAAGUGCGCAUGGCUAUUGGUGUUGGCCACUUCAACGUUGCACCUGAGACCGGGUCGGCGCCGGGUCGAAUUGUACUGUGGGACUGUUUUGGGAUACUACCUAUUUUUUAUUAGUUAUUACGAUGUUCCGCGGGAAAUCGGGUGCAAAUUCGUUCCCUUAAAACAGUCCCAUAGAACUCUUGAGAGAUCUCAUUGUGUAAUUUGACAAAAAACCGACCCAGUCCCCUGAAAAGCCUCAAAGUGGCCAACUAGCCGGCUUUGUGUGAUGAUGAAUUGCUUGCGCAGCGUUUGAGUUGCUUUAAAGUUCUUGCAAACUUUCUUUUGUAGUAAGUUAUUCCACGUGAGGUCUGUAACGCAAGGUGAUGUCAUACGUGCCGAUGCUAAAGAUAUUCCUAGAAUAUUUCAGGUUUGUACGUUUGCAUUGAACAGUUGACUUUUGCAGUGUUUCUUUCAUGGGGAGGGUUAAGUGCGUCUUAGUGGUAUGGAGGUAUCUGCGAUUCACGGUUAAUAAUUUUUUUUAUUGCCAGUGGUUUAAAAUUGCUCUCUCCGUUACAGUUAACAGACAUUUGAAAAUUCAAGUCAAUUGAUUGAAAAGAUCAAAAUUAAACUCCAUCAUUGUGAAUCUCUAAGGAACUUCCCGAAAAGCUGAAAUACAAUACGGUCCAUAAGCCAAAAAUUGAAAUUUUUGGCCCUUUUACGCCUGGUAAAAGUAACGGUAAGACCCACUGAGACUCUUUAUUUAUUCCAAUAUCUCUUAUGUUUGCUUUACUCUGUAUUAGUUACACCCAUGUCCCUUACCGAUCGCGUGAAAACGAACUUGAUUCGGGAUCUACAUACAAGUUGCCUUAUAGCGGUUUCUUUAACUUACAGAUUUUAUACGCGAAUGAGGCGGAGAGUAUAAAUCCUGUGGAAAAAGAGAAAGAGGAACAACAACCCGAGGUAAGAUGCCUGUAAUACUAGUGAACCUUUGUGGCACUGAGCCGAACAAAAUUACGAGACCGUAUCCACGCUAGCCUGCGUAGCAGGCGCUUGAAAGUAGUGGGCACAAGAAAAACGGGCGCGCGAGAAGGAGACACGCGAGGGGAGAGGGAGCUUCCUCACCCCCUGCGUGUCUCCCUCGCGUGCGCCCGUUCUCCCUUUCGCCCACUACAUCCAAGCGCCUACUACACAGGCUAUAUCCACGCCUUAGAUCAUUGUCAUGACCGAACUUCAAAAUGCUUUAAACCCCCAAAUCGUAUUUUGUAAAACACUAAAACAAACAAACAAACAUACAUUUAAACCAACAAACCAAGAGCAG